AUGAGUUCAGCUAGUAAGGUGGGAGAAAUAUUUACGGCUGCUGGUCAAGCUUUUAAUAGAUUGGGAGAUUUGACCAUGCAAUUGCAUCCAAACGCUGAAAGCCCUACAGGAAAGUGGACUGACGAAGAAAUUGAGAUGCUAAGACAAGUCGUAAAACAAUUUUCUGACGGUUUGAAUCAAAUAAGCGAGCACAUAAAACGCCGUACUGUAUCUCAAAUUCGGACAGCCCUGAAGAAAAAAGCGUUUGAAGAUGCUGGUUUGCCUGUAAGGCAAAUAAAUACAGUGCAACAACAAGCACAAACGCAAAAUAUACAAAGUCAGCAGAUAAUAAAACAAGAGGUAACUUUGAAUAUGUUAAAUGCUGCAGAAUCGGAGGUUGAUGUUGAGGGGCUUCAUGAGGAUGUUAAAUUGGAAUUUGAUGGUGAAAAUGAAGAGGUUUCUUCAUAA